CUUUCUUUCUUGCAUGGUUAACUAAUAGCUGAUAAAAAAAGCUAAAAAGAGAAUUAAAGUGUCAGUUUCAACUCCAGGAUUUGUAGUUCAUGGUCGGCUUCAAAUCUUCAAUUUAAUCUUUUUCUAUUUUUAUAAUAUUAAAAUAAUCCGUUUUCCCUUUCUGGGUAUAUAUAUUUUUGGUUUCUUCAAUCUGGGUUCAUUGCACAUAAUAUUCUUUGAGGAAAGAUUGGUUUUUAAGCUUACCCCAGAGUUUCAGAACUUGGCUUUUGGAUUUAACGCAGAAUUUGAGUUAAGUGGGUUAUCUGAGUGAGACUUAAGAAUGCUUAAGAAGCAAGAUCACUUAUGAUGCAGUAAUUAUGGAGGAGAGUGAUAGGAUUAAUGAACAGACCUUCUCAAAUGGAGACAGCUAUUCCGGUGACUUUAAGGGAAUACUUCCCCAUGGAAAGGGAAAAUAUACAUGGUCAGAUGGAACAAUCUACGAGGGUGACUGGGAAGAAGGAAAAAUGACAGGGAAAGGAUGUAUAGUCUGGUCAUCAGGAGCUAAAUAUGAGGGUGAUUUCUCAGGAGGUUACCUUCAUGGAUUUGGCACAUUCAUUGGACCUGACAGAUCAGUUUACAGAGGGACCUGGAGGAUGAAUAUACGGCAUGGAGUUGGAAGAAAGGGGUAUCCUAAUUCAGAUAUUUAUGAUGGUUCAUGGAAGGAAGGAGUACAUGAAGGUAAUGGUAGGUACUCUUGGAAUAGUGGAAACACAUAUAUUGGGAACUGGAAAGGUGGGAAAAUGUCUGGUAGAGGGGUUAUGAAAUGGGCAAAUGGUGAUAUUUAUGAUGGCUCUUGGUUAAAUGGUCAUAGACAUGGGUCCGGAGUUUAUAGGUUCGCUGAUGGAGGUUAUUAUUUUGGAACAUGGAGUAAGGGCCUAAAGGAUGGAAAAGGAAAAUUCUAUCCUGCUGGAAGUAAACAUCCAUCUGUAAAUAUGUUUUCUGGCACACUAGGAAAUGAUGACAGUGAAAAAAUGAUUUUGUCUCAAAAUUCAUCAAUGGAUUCAAAGGAACUAAAGACUCCAAAGCCAAGGGUCAAACGUAGCAUUUCCGAGAAGAUUCCAGUUGGUGGAAUUUUAAAAAGUUCAGGUCGAAUUUCUCACAGAACCACAUCAUUGGAUGAAAGGUCUAUCUUUUGUGAUUCUGCUAAAGGACUUGUAUGUAAUAACUCCCCAUGCAAGUUUUUGCAUACUUCAGAUGAAGGUCAACGCGAGGAGCACGAGAGCAGUACUGUAGUUUAUGAAAGGGAGUAUACGCAGGGAGUUUUGAUUAAAGAGAUUGUUAGGAAUUGUGCAGAACUACAACGUAAAGGUAAAAGACAAAGUAAAUUUUCAGUUAAAGAGGUAAAAAAGAGGUCAUGUGUGGACAUCUUCGAAGGCCAUCAAAGCUAUUACCUAAUGCUUAACUUGCAGCUUGGUAUCAGGUACACGGUUGGCAAAAUCACACCAGUCCCUAUGCGCGAAGUUCGAGCUUCCGAUUUUGGAGAUAGAGCUAGAAUAAGGAUGUAUUUUCCUAGAAAAGGUUCCCAGUUUACACCUUCUCAUUGUUCUAUUGAUUUCUACUGGAAAGAUUACUGCCCUAUGGUCUUCAGGAAUUUGAGGGAGAUGUUCAAAUUAGAUGCUGCAGAGUACAUGAUGUCCAUUUGUGGUGACGAUGGUCUAAGGGAGCUUUCUUCUCCAGGAAAAAGUGGCAGUAUCUUCUAUCUUUCUCUCGAUGAUAGAUUUGUGAUUAAGACAUUAAAAAGAACUGAGCUGAAGGUCCUACUCAAAAUGCUGUAUAAGUAUUACAUUCAUGUAGGGGAACAUGAAAAUACCCUCAUAACUAAAUUUUUCGGGCUCCACCGUAUAACACUGAGAGGUGGAAGAAAGGUACGGUUUGUGGUCAUGGGGAAUAUGUUUUGUACAGAAUUACGAAUACAUCGCUCUUAUGAUCUCAAGGGAUCUACUAUAGGAAGAUCUACAGACAAAGUUAAAAUCAAGGAGAAUACUACAUUGAAGGAUCUUGAUCUAUCAUUUGAGUUUCACAUGGACAAAUUGUUGCGAGAGUCUCUCUUUAAACAAAUUGCAAUAGACUGCAUGUUCUUGGAAUCUCAACAAAUAAUUGAUUAUAGCCUUCUAUUGGGAUUACAUUUUAGAGCUCCUGAGCAUCUGAAGACCUUAUUAGAACCACCAAGUACAACAUCCAGUCCUGAGAGUGUACUUGCAUAUGAUGGUAUAAGCACACAAGGGGAGCUCAUGAUUCCUCCCAGCGGCCUGCUCCUAGUCACCCAUGAGCCCAGCUUUGUCAGCACUGCACCGGGUCCUCACAUUAGAGGAAGUACGUUGAGAGCAUUCUCAUUAGGUGACAAGGAAGUUGAUCUCCUACUGCCUGGUACUGGGAGGUUACGAGUGCAAUUAGGAGUAAACAUGCCAGCGAAGGCUAAUCACAAGCUUCUCAAGGAAGAGGUCGAUGAUUCAAUGGAAGUUGAACUUUUUGAAGUGUAUGAUGUCGUACUGUACAUGGGCAUCAUUGACAUAUUGCAGGAAUACAAUGUGAAAAAGAAAGUAGAGCAUGCUUAUAAAUCCUUGCAAUUUGAUCCUCUGAAGAUAUCGGCCGUUGAACCAAAACUAUACGCGAAACGUUUCAUCAAUUUCUUGAAGAAAGUUUUCCCAGACCAACCAUGAAUGAGAAAACUUGGUAUUUUUGAAUUUCCUGGUGACUAGUGUUCUCUUGUAUAGGUAAAGAAUUUUUUGUUUUAUAAUUGUCGGUGCAUACAUCAACAUAAAUUCGUUUGGGUUCAUUCAUUGUAAAGUGAUAUUAAUAUUUAUUUAAUAAAUUAAAUGUAUCCUUCUUAUGUUUUUAAUA